AUGGUGCGAUUUCCAAACCAGGCAGUGAUGAAGCUGCUCAGGAUGCGUCAAUAUACUGGAUAUGGCAAGGAUCGCAUUAGCUCCAUAUGGUUGGAACACCAUUUAGCGUGUCCCCCACCUUGGACCCUGAGUCCCCCGAGACCCUGUACCAGUUACAACACCCUGACUAUAGAGAGAGACCAGUUACAGACCAGUUACAACACCCUGACUAUAGAGAGAGACCAGUUACAGACCAGUUACAACACCCUGACUAUAGAGAGAGACCAGUUACAGAAGGUUAGAGAGGAACUCCAGAGGCUUUCUAAACAGGAGGAGAAGAGCUGGACUGAGAGCAGAGACUACUGCAGAGAGAGAGGAGCAGACCUGGUGAUCAUAAACAACACAGAGGAACAGGAGUUCAUCAGUAAAAUCCUGAGCAGAACAAAAGCUUGGAUUGGACUGAGUGACGGAGACAGAGAGGGCGAGUGGAAGUGGGUGGACGGUACACCGCUGAACACUGGGUUCUGGAGAAAAGGAGAACCCGACGGUGCUGCAAGAGAGAACUGUGUUAUAAUUCAUGAUCACACUGAUCCUGUCAGUUACUGGGCUGAUUAUCCCUGUAGUCAUCAGUUUAUUUGGAUCUGUGGGAAGACAGUCGUUACCUGAAUUACUGCAUGUGAUUGAAAAGCAGUAAAUAAGUUGAUAUUUUUAUCUGUGUAGGUCAGUGUGUUGUGUCUGAAAAAUCCUCAUUACUGUUAGUAACUCUGUCACCACCAUGAUGUCACCUGAUUUUCUUUCUGAACUGAUUUUCCAUGCUGUGUUUUUUUUUUUUUUAAUGAACAUGCAAAAUAACAGCGUGUGCUCACUCCAGUGCUAUUCUGUUACCUGUUGAAUAAUGAGUCACACUGUUAAAUUAAACCAAAUCAAGCAGUGAUUAAUAAUAUAUUGGAAAUAUACUAAGUUCCUAUCAGAUGUUAAUUAGGUUUCUGAACUUGGUAACAGACUAAUUGAUGUUUGUUUGUUUUUUAGAGAAACUCUUGAAAAUAAUGUAUAAAAGUCUCUGAUCUUA